AUGGACUUCAUCGGUGUUCGCCGCCGGCCAGGAGACCGAUCAAGCAACUGGAGGCGCGCCGCACAUGUCAACAGCAUUGUCCUCGUCAUAGUCACCAUCAUUUUGAUCAGCUGCCUGAUAGCUUCGAUUACGCAGACCGGCGGCCUGGUAAAGUCCUUCAUGUUCCACGAGGGGACAUGCGAUGGAGGCAGUGCGAGCAAGACCAACGUAGCACUGCACUUGCUGCUCAACGUCGUGUCGACGGCAAUCUUUGCCUCUUCCAACUUCUUCAUGCAGGUGCUCAACUCGCCCUCCAGGCACGAGGUUGACCUGGUGCAUGCGAAGGGGUCAUACCUCGGGAUCGGGGUGCCGUCGGUGAGGAACACGUUCAAGGUCAGCAGAUUUAAGACGUGCUGCUGGAUCGUGCUGCUCCUCUCCUCGAUCCCCAUGCAUCUGCUGUUCAACAGUAUGAUCUUCCAAACGGACCAGCGGAGUUCGGACUUCCAUCUCACCAUAGCAAGCAGCGGGUUUGUGGAAGGCGAGGCGUACUACAUUCCCGGGGCUUCGCUUUCGCCCGCUGGGAUACGUAAACUGGGCGGGGACAAUACUUUUAUGGGGGCCUUCACUGGAUAUGGUGCCGCGCAGAAGUGGGUCGACUAUAGCAACUCGUCGUCGCCGGCGGUCAAGAACAUCACUGCCGCGGCCGCCGCUGGAGCGAGCUGGGCCAAGAUCAGCUGGGUUGACUGCUUCAAGGAAUAUUUCGAUUGCGAUGGCCUGAGAUCUCACCGGGACGUCAUCGUUGUCGCUGAUCAGCCGAAGGGGUGGGUGCGUGAUGAAGUGUGGAACUUGGCCCCUAAUGAGACCGAGUACUGGGAUUCCAUAGUCCCAGGGAACGCGCCCAACUCUCUCUGGUUCUCUACGCAAUGUGCGAUGAAAGUUCGCUACAGCAACGCGGGCGGCGCCGAAUGUUCAAACGACUGUAAAUAUGCACUAGCGAGUUACGCCAUUGACAACCCCUACGAGUAUGACUUUGCGAGCUUUGAGAAUAUGUCAACAUGGAACAUCGAUUUCUUCCGGCAGGAGUUUGAUUACGUCAAUAGCAUACAGGCCCGCAGCAUACAGCCAAGUAAUACUUCAGGCUUGGUUCCCGGCGGCGGUAAAAUCCUGGUUGACUACUGCCUCGUGGAGCCUGUGGAGCGCGUCUGUUACGUUGGUCUUUCCAAUACGCUAUUGCUUGCUGUCACCAUCUGCGUUGCGGUGAAGACAGCCACCGCUAUCAUCGUUACUUUUGUCCUCGGCCGCCAGAAUCAGAUUCCUCUCGUUACAUUAGGAGACGCCAUCGCGUCCUUCAUCCAGCAUCCUGACAACACCACGUACGGCAUGUGCACGGUCAAUCAGAAGGAUAUGCGCCGGGCCACCAGGUCCUCGCAUCAGAAGGUGCUUACAGGUCCUCAGCGAUGGCUGGGUAAAGUACAUCGCCGCUGGAGCGUGGUGCCAAAAGGUGUUUGGGUCUUUAGUUAUUUGCUCUUUGCCGUCGGUAUCCUGAUAUUGGCAAUUUUUACGGACCAGGCUAUCAGUUCCAGAGGCGUGUCCGGAUCCAUCAUUGAAAGCCAGCCAAAUGCGAUCAUCGAAGGUAUCAUCUGGACCUUCACGGCGGGCGUACUAGUAGCCAACAGUCCGCAACUCCUGCUGUCAUUUUGCUACUUGGCGUACAACAACCUCUUCACCCGACUUCAAAUGGCAAAAGAGUGGUCGCAAUUCAGCUCUGGAUAUCGUCCGCUAAGAGUGACUGACCCUAAGGGCAAACAAUACUCGACUUACCGGCUACAACUCCCUUACAAGUAUUCGAUCCCUCUCAUACUUUGUAGCAUUCUUCUACACUGGAUGCUAUCGAACACGCUCUACUUGUUCAUUUCCCAAGGAGGUUACUUCAGUGAUUUACAGUUUGAUCUUUUCGACCCAAGUCUUCCCGACCGUACGGUUCUUACCGUGGGAUUUUCAUCCGCAGCUCUGGUUACGAUGCUGGUAUUAUCGUUGGCCUUGAUUUUCGUACCAGUCCUUCUAUCGAUGCGAAAGUUACCUGAGGGCAUCACCAACGUCGGUAGCAACUCGAUGGCCAUCAGUGCCGCGUGCCACGUUUCGCCCCUGUCCAGGUUAGGCGAUGACUCCUCGCCUAGAGAUUCUCAGGCGUUGCCAUCACCUUUCGAGACGCUGCCACCACCGUCCUUGCCGGCGGUGACUCAUAGUAACGAGGAGGGCGAUGCUGUACGGGGUAACAGGGAUUACGGGUUCUUCUCACCCGAUGGUGGUGGCGAUGUCGAGAUGCAUACGUUGAUGGGUGGCAAGGGCUCACGGCCCACCAUGGAUACGCACUCCAGCACCGAGGCGCUGAACAAGGAGAGUUUUCUAGAGCGUGUGUCCGAGAGUGAGCUCCGCUGGGGCGUCGUCCAGAUGCCGCCCGAGUUCUAUACUGAGUUCGAGAACAUGGGGGAGAGGACAUACGGGCAUCUGAGCUUCGGUGUAGAAGAAGAUGCGGUGACCUCGCCGCUUCAUGGCAAGUGGUACGCAUAA